UUCAUAUAUUCACCAUUACCAAACUGCAAGCUACCUAUACUACACUACACCUCUCUCUCUCUCUCUCUCUCUCUCUCUCUCUCUCCAUUCUUCAAUAUAAUAUUCUUUUUCAUCCCAAGCGGUGCCACUGGAAGCUACUCACAAUCCUUCUUUCAAUCUUCUUCUUCUUCUUCUUCUUCUUCCAUCCUUCAUAUAUUGUAUUUAACUAUUAUAUUCAUUAAGCUCCUAAUCCAAUCUUUGACUUCUGAGUAGAACAUUGAUUAAUUGAAGUGUUUUAAAUCUUCUUGGGAUGAUGAUGCUUCAUUUGCUCUCAAGUUUUCACUCUCCUUCCUUCUGGGUCAUCUAACCACUGAGCUUAUUCUUCUAAUGUCUGGAUAAAAAAGAUGAUGCAGAGAAGCUUGAGAAGUGCAAGUAAAGGUGGAAAAGCCUCAAGCAAGGAAAGAAAAUUGGCUUUGCAACAAGAUGUGGAUAGGUUGAAGAAGAAGUUGAGGCAUGAGGAGAACAUCCACAGGGCAUUGGAGAGGGCUUUCAAUAGACCUUUGGGAGCUCUGCCACGUCUUCCUCCUUAUCUCCCUCCCUAUACACUAGCACUUCUUGCUGAAGUGGCAGUUCUGGAAGAGGAAGUUGUUAGGCUUGAGGAACAGGUUGUGCAUUACAGACAGGACUUGUACCAAGAAGCUGUCUACAUGUCAUCUUCUAAGAGGAAAAUGGAGCAUUUACCUCCACCAAACAGUUCAAACUCAAUAAUGGACAGUCCCAAAUUGGAUAAAUUGAAGUCUCCUUCCCAAACAGCUGGUAGUCCAGCAACUAGCCACGCCACAACACUCCCUGGCUUGUCAGAGAAUAGACAAGGAAAGGAGAACCAAUCAUGUACAAAUUCUUCCAAGACUAAGCAGCAAUCCUCCAAGCAAAUGAACAAAACGCCAAUUAAAAAACUUAAUAUUGAUAAUAAAGUACUCCAGAAAAAGUGCAAUCCUCCAAAAAUGAAGCAAGAACCAAAGGUGAAUAACCAGCAAAUAGCAGAAUUGAGGCAUCCUAGUCCAACACACAAAAUUUCACCAGAAGCUGAAUGCCCAAAUAUAAUAUCUGAAAAUAUUCUGAAGUGCUUAUCAAGCAUUCUCUUGAGAAUGAGUGCUGUGAAGAAUACAGGUUCUGCAGGUGACAUAUCACCCUUAUGGGCGACGAAACCUCGAACAUGUGCUGAAGAAACAGAGUUUUGGGAUCCCUAUGGUAUCUGCUUGGAAUGUGGAAAGAGGGAUAUUGGUCCAUACAAACAACUAUGUGCAAUUGAUGCUAAAUCUUUCAAUCCAAAACGAACUACAAAUACUUUGUUUUUACUACAUCGGUUAAAAAUUCUUUUUAGGAAACUAGCCUCUGUCAACUUGAAGAACCUCAACCAUCAGGAGAAGCUUGCGUUCUGGAUCAACACUUAUAACUCGUGUAUGAUGAAUGCAUUCAUAGAGAAUGGCAUACCAGAGAGUCCUGAAUUGGCCGUUGCGCUGAUGCGGAAGGCAACAAUAAAUGUUGGUGGACACAUGCUAAGUGCAACAACCAUAGAGCAUUUCAUUUUAAGGCUUCCUUAUCACAGCAAAUUUACGUUUUCCAAGGGAGUGAAAAAUCAUGUAACGAUGGCAAGAAGCAUAUAUGGACUGGAACUGUCAGAACCCCUUGUGACAUUUGCUCUCUCUUGUGGAACUUGGUCCUCUCCUGCUGUGAGAGUUUACACAGCAUCCCAAGUUGAGAAUGAACUUGAAGUGGCCAAAAGAGAGUACUUGCAGGCAGCGGUUGGAAUUUCAACAUCGAGAUUCGCUAUCCCGAAGCUGCUGGAUUGGUAUUUACUGAACUUCGCAAAAGACUUGGAAUCAUUGUUGGAUUGGAUCUGCCUCCAGUUACCAAGUGAACUAGGGAAAGAAGCCAUUAAUUUCCUUGACAAGAGAAAAACUGAGCCCCUCUCACAAUUUGUACAAAUUAUGCCAUAUGAGUUCAGCUUCAGAUACUUGAUAAGCAUAUAGUUUUACUUCAGUUUCAGAUAUAUAUCUAUAUUGUUUUAUUCAUGUGGGGUAUACAAUUUUGUAUACAGCUGUAUAUCAUAAUAAGAAAUGUAAAUGAUCAUCUAUUCUUUUC